GCUUAGUAUAGUAUAUAGAAUAGAAUAGAUAUAGAUAGAUAUAGAUUUUACUACUAGUAACUCCUCUCAAUCAGAUUCUCAGGUGACCUGAGAGAAUCAAUGGGGUCAGCAUCAUCGUCCCUCCUGAGGUCCCUCCCUUCCCCAUUCCCUCCUGAAAAUCCAUCCCUUUCUCUUUCCCUAAAACCCCACCUUGAAAAGCCACCUUCUCAGCUUCCUCUGCUUCCAUUUGUCUCCUCCCCACUAUCCCAAAAACCCCACCAAAUUGCCUUAAACCCACUCCAAAAUCCACCACCAUCCAACCCUGUACCAGUCCCAAAAAACCCUUUUUCAUUUUCACCAUGCCUUGAUUCUUCUGUUUCCCCUGUUUCAGUUGACUCUGUAAUCUGCCCUUCACUUGCUUAUGCAAAUGUGUACUUUUACAAGCCUUACAGUGUUCAAGUUGUACCCCGGGAUGAAGAAGACGGGGUCAAGCUUGCUAAGCGGUUCAUGUAUUCUGCUGCCAAGGCUGGUGUUUUCUAUGAGAUGAAAAGGAGGAGGUUCUUUCAAAACCCACAGGAGAAGAUGAAAACCAAGUCUCAACGAGCUGCCAAACUUCUCAAAAGGUCCAAGAUGAGGGCUGGCGGAGGGCUUAAGAUACCGAAGAAUACAAUUCGUCGUGACCCUCUGGAGGAGAAAAAAAGGAAAGCUCGAUUGGCUGCUAAGCGGCCCCCAAAGCAUAAGCGUGCAGGUUUUCAACAGAAAAUGGGUGUAGAUCAAAAUAGUCUAUCGGCUAAGAAGGAGAAUUACUGUUCAGAUGAUGAUAACUGGGAGGUUGAAGGCAUUGAAGUACCAUAUUGCUGACCGAUGUCUUGCUAUUCUGACUGGGUGUAGAAGUUAUAAAUAUUGCUGAUUUUUGGGUACAGAAGCGGUAGUAAUUGACAAUGCUUGAUAGUGUCCUAACCUAGAUGGUGGUUUUUGUACAUGAUCAAAGUAAUGUAACCAUCUAAACUCCAUCCUUUAGUAUGAAUUUGGUAACAGCCAGUUAUGAUGUGGCUAUUCUUUUGCGUGGGAUAUGUAGGUUGUAAUCCUACUUUUAGUUACGUUUACUGGUGUGUCUCAUUGCUUACUUUUCUCUUUAUGUCUUCAAGUUGAUUAGUUUUCUUUUUUAUGUCUAACAACAAUCUUCUUUUAAUCAAAAUUUGGCGGAGUUUGAAAUUCUG